AUGGCGCCCGAUCAUCGCGUGAGCUCGGGCGGCAGCAGGGAGAUCGAGUCGCUGGAGAUCGACCGCGGGCAAGACGGCGCCCCUGCGACCAGCCCGGGCCCACUGCGAGGCGGGUGCCGCUCGCCCUCGCCGCCGGCGCUGCUCGUCCUCGGCGCCGCCGUGGGCACCGCGCUGGUGGUAGUGGCCGCCAGCCAGCUGCUGCCUCACUCCGCGAUACUCGGGGGGAAGAAGGCGACUGGCUGCAGCGAGGGCUACGCGGCGCUGGCCUCCUACAGCGCACCCGCCCCUGGACCGGAGGCGCCGGCGCGCGAGGACGAAGGCGAGGUUCCGGACAUAUCCAGGCCAGACGUGAGCGUGGCUGACGUGACAGCGUGGGCAAGAAGCCGGGCAGAUCGCGCCAGGCGCGAGUUUGAGGAGCCGCCCUCGGUGCGCAAAUAUUUCCCUUCGCCCGCGGACUGGGCGAGCACAGUUAUCUACAACAUCGUGAUCGAUCGUUUCAACAAUGGCGACGUGUCCAACGACAAGGCCAACCUGCAUCAGCAGCAGCGAGACGACUUGCAGAACAACAGGUACCGGGCUAGCAUGCGGCACGGAGGGGACCUGGAGGGAGUCCGGAAACGAUUGCCGUAUAUGAAAGACCUCGGUGUGACUGCGAUAUGGAUGACCCCCAUCUUCACGCACAACGGCGACUACCACGGCUAUUGCACCUCCGACCCGACGCGGGUGGACCCUGGCUUCGGCACGAACGAGCUGCUGCGCGUGCUCGUAAGAGAAGCCCAUGAGCUGGGCAUCCUCGUAGUGCUGGACAUCGUUAUAAACCACCUGUGCGACCUCGACACGACGUACCAGCAGGAUCGCAGACCGGGGGACGCCGCCGCGGCAAAGUGCGCCAAUCACUUCGACAAACUGCACUGGGACGGGGUGGAGGGUGGACCCGACGAGCAGAUGCGGAUGAAGUUCUCCGACUCUUUUUUCCCAGGGUUGAAGUCGGACGAGUUCUUCAACCGCUGUGGCCAGAACACGGAGAAGACGAUGGGCAGCCAGGAUCCACUCGCCGUGUACGGUGACUUUGCUCCUGGGAUGUUCGACUACAACACCCGCGAUAAGGGUUUCCAGCAGAUCUUCACGGAGAUCAUGAAGUUCUGGGUCGCUUACGCAGAUGUGGAUGGCUUUCGUUUGGACGCCGCGAAGCAUGUCACCGAGGAUUUCCUCGCAUACUUCUCCACAGAGAUACGCUUGUAUGCAGAGGGACUUGGCAAGGCCAACUUCCUCACCGUCGGCGAAGUCGCGGCCACUGUGGACUGGCAGGCGCGCCGCAUAGGCGCCAUGGCGUCAGACCUGGAGAACCCGAACAAGCACGACACCAAGCUCGGCAUGCCAAAGACAGUCACGCAGACGCUGGUGAGCCUGAAGGCCGACUACCAGGCUCACGGCGCCUUCGGGAUGCCUGGGAUGGCUUCGGUCUACAAUUUCUACGCCAGCGGCAAGGCCAGGUCUGCCAUGCACGGGGUGGAUAACGACGGUUGGAAGGCAUACGUCGGGUCGUUGGGCUCCUACGUAGAAGACGGUGGGAGCGAGCUGUCCACCGUCAUGGGGCAGCUGCAAGACUGCUGCGCCUCCUCCCCAGAAGGCUGCACUGGGCAGAUGCCCAAGCUGUGGACCCUUCUGGAGAUCCACGACUGGCCCCGUUUCACUUCGAGGUUCCCGAACGACCUGGCGUUCGCCAAGGUCGGCUUUGCUUGGCUCUUCACCUUCCCAGGCCAGCCCAUCAUAUACUACGGCCAGGACAGAGCAGGGCUUCAACAACGAGUGCCCUGGCAGAGCGGGCGUCCAGGCGGGGGACGGCACGGAGGAUGA